GUUUAUAUAAAGAGUGAAAGGAAACCCCAAAAAGCUCUUUUCCGGCCCUGCUCUUGUGAAUCAUAAGUUCCGUACUUCUUCACAUACUCUCCAGUUGAUCCAGCUGCUUUCAUACGUCUCACAAUUGUGCUGAAAACAUCGAUUUUCCACUUCUCCCGCUGUCUCACGGGUCCACCAAUCCCAACUCACAAAGACACACACACCUCGCUUUUGGCGCCCGCCACGACUAAGACAAGCUGAUCAGCUAAGGAUGACGAAUACACACUCUAAGAACUGCCAACGAGCAGAUAAAGAGGGAAAAUCGAGCUCAAAAAUCGGAAUAGAUGCCAGAGCCUUGAUAACCGAAGCUUCUCUCUCUGGUCCGUCUUGCGCCACCCGAGCCUUCGUCGUCAUUCCCCUUCAAGCCUCGAACCAUGAAAACCUCAAUUACGAUGCGACAACCCAUCAUGAGCAUCAUGCUUUGUUAUUGCCCUCUUUCCGGCCCGUGAAGAGUUAUGCAACCACGUCGCAUGACCUGGAGCAGGGCACGACUGCCUCUCUUCAUGACUUGAACACCUUCCAGAAUCUCGAAUACCCAAGUCAAGAUGAACUCAUCCAAAGCUCGGAAUCCUACGUUGCCCUGGGCUUUGUAAGAAACGUUGAUAUCGGUCGUCACCAAGGAACUUCGAUCACGAAUGACCCUACGAUAGACUACUCGAACGUCCUCCACGAAACGACUCCCUCCACCGAGCGCAUUGUUCUGCUGCCAAUCGAUACUUCGUUGACAGAUAAGAAAGUCAGCCUUAGCAGAGGAUACGAGAACACGAUCCGCAUCGAGAACAUUCCUCUAGCACGACUUGAGUCCCGCAGAAAGCUUGCCCACCAGAUCCUCGCUAUAGCUCUAGAAGCUGGGACCGGGUACACAACUACACACACGGCUCCGUAUCCCGAGACGCUUCAAGUCUACGCUGGGUCAUACCAAGACUUCAACUUUGAAGUCCCUGUGCCUUUCACGACCGAGCAUAUGGUGGAGAGUCAUCAACUAGAAGCAUGGAAACGUCAGACGUCUGGGCAGACUAUGACUUUGGCAGAGAAGUUGGAGAUGAAUAAACACGCGUGGGGUAAAUGCGAGUAAAAUAUUGCCAGACGUAAUCUUCUUCACGAAGUUAAAAAUUGAAAUCAUUUUUCCUACAA